GCUUCCUGCUGAAGCUCAAAACACACAUAGCGCACCCGGUGUCAUAAAAAUAACGUAUGCACAUAUCUGACACAUAAUUUGUUUGUUUGUCAAUUUGGGGUUCAGCAGCUAAUAAUAAACUAAAUGGAGACCCCUGGCAACUCGAACAAGAAACAAAAACUGAAUGUUGCGCCUCAAAAUUGGGGAAUGCAACGAGCCACCAAUGUGACCUAUCAAGCCCAUCAUGUGAGCAGAAACAAACGUGGACAGGUUGUCGGGACCAGAGGAGGAUUCAGAGGGUGCACAGUGUGGCUUUCAGGUUUGUCUGGUGCAGGUAAAACGACGGUCAGCAUGGCAAUGGAGGAGUACCUGGUGUGUCAUGGCAUCCCCUGCUACACUCUGGAUGGAGAUAACAUCAGACAGGGCUUAAAUAAGAACCUAGGCUUCAGCCCUGAAGAUCGCGAGGAGAAUAUUCGGCGUAUUGCAGAGGUGGCAAAACUGUUUGCCGAUGCCGGGCUUGUGUGUAUCGCCAGCUUCAUUUCUCCAUACAGCAGGGACCGUCUGAAUGCAAGGAAUAUCCACGAAGCUGCUGGUCUUCCGUUCUUUGAAGUGUUUGUAGAUGCUCCUCUGGAUGUGUGUGAGCAGAGGGAUGUGAAGGGGCUCUAUAAGAGAGCUAGAGCUGGAGAAAUCAGAGGGUUCACAGGAAUAGACUCUGAGUAUGAGAAGCCCGAAGCUCCAGAACUGGUGCUAAAGACUGAUUCGUGUAGCGUGAACGAGUGCAUCCAGCAACUCCUGGACCUUCUUCAGGAAAGGGACAUAGUGCCUGUGGACGCAUCCUAUGAGGUUAAAGAGCUGUAUGUGCCUGAGAACAAGCUGGACUUAGCUAAAGCGGAUGCAGAGACUCUUCCAGCUGUGGAGAUCAGCAAGGUGGACAUGCAGUGGGUUCAGGUGCUUGCUGAGGGUUGGGCCACUCCUCUGAACGGCUUCAUGAGGGAGAGAGAGUACCUGCAGUGUCUUCACUUCAGCUGUCUGCUUGAUGGUGGGGUUAUUAACCUGUCGGUGCCGGUGGUCCUGCCUGUCUCGAGUGCAAACAAGGAGCGUCUGGAUGGCUGUACCGCAUUUGCGCUGGCGUACGCCGGCAGGCGAGUCGCUAUCAUGCGGAACCUGGAGUUCUACGAGCAUCGUAAGGAAGAGCGUUGCGCCCGGCAGUGGGGUACGACCUGCAAGGAUCACCCGUACAUCAAAAUGGUGAUGGAGAGUGGAGACUGGCUGGUCGGAGGAGAUCUCCAGGUGCUGGAUCGGAUCUAUUGGAACGACGGGCUGGAUAGCUACAGGCUUACCCCUACCGAACUCAAGCAAAAGUUUAAAGACAUGAAUGCAGAUGCAGUCUUUGCCUUCCAGCUACGGAACCCGGUGCAUAACGGGCAUGCGCUGCUCAUGCAGGACACACAGCGCCGUCUGAUUGAGCGUGGUUACCGCCGACCCGUGCUGCUGCUUCACCCGCUUGGCGGGUGGACCAAAGAUGAUGACGUGCCGCUCGCCUGGCGCAUGAGACAGCAUGCUGCUGUGCUGGAGGAGGGACUGCUUGACCCCAACUCCACCAUAGUUGCUAUCUUCCCCUCUCCAAUGAUGUACGCUGGCCCAACAGAGGUGCAGUGGCAUUGCAGGGCCCGAAUGGUGGCCGGUGCCAAUUUUUACAUAGUGGGCCGUGACCCGGCAGGAAUGCCCCACCCAGACACGGGUAAAGACCUGUACGAGCCCUCCCAUGGAGCGAAAGUUCUCACCAUGGCCCCUGGCCUCAUUUCACUGGAAAUCGUGCCUUUCAAAGUGGCAGCCUACAACAAAGUCAAGAAGGCCAUGGACUUUUAUGACCCCAAAAACCACCAGGACUAUGACUUCAUCUCAGGGACCCGCAUGAGGAGGAUGGCUCGCGAGGGCCAGAACCCACCGGAAGGCUUCAUGGCGCCCAAAGCCUGGACUGUUCUUAAGGAGUACUACCAGUCUUUAGAGAAGGCCUAAGGGGUUUUCCAGGUAUGGGGAGAGGCGGAUUCUGUUACAGUUAAAAAAAGGGAAGGUUGAUGAUGAUUUAAAUUCAUUACAUACACAAAACAAACACACACAAGGAUCGAAAACUGGGACAACCCAAAGGACUUCUUGAACUAUUUGUAAGCCACCGGUAACUGUUGUUCCUCACUGUAAGUUUCUCUGAGUCUUAUGAGCAUUUUAUAUGUUCUGUUUUAAGAAAAAUUAUGUGAAGUUGCUUGUGAAAGAUACAUUUGAAGUAUACAAUACUGUAAACAUAAAUGAAACCGUUUUAGACUCUAUUCUUGUACAUUUAAUAUUUUCCCCAUAAAUGGUAUUACAAUAGGAUAAGCAACAUACCAUUAAGGGGUUAGGAUAGGGUAUUAAAUGGGAAUUAAAGGGACAGUUCCCCCCCAAAAAUUCAUUUUCUUACCCUGAUAUGUUGUUCCAAACCCAAAGCCCACUGUUUUAAUCAGUGAUCUUAAAAUAUGUGCUGUGUGAGAAGCUUAUUAAGGUGUAAGUUUUAGUAACAAGUUCCUUUAAAAUCUGGACCAUCAGGAACUUGCUGGCUUGGACAUCAAACACGGAUCAUCAGCAUCACUUCAAUAGUAUUUGCAUUGUGUGUAACAUUUCUAAUCAUUGUGUUGUUUGUAGUGCUUUGUUGAAAAGAGUUGUUUAUCUUUGACUUCAAUAUUGGUGCAUUUUUUAAUUUUAUGACUUAUUUUGUGGGUAUUGUAUUAUGAUAGAAAGACUGUGUAGACAUGUUCUUCAGUUUACAAUUGUUUUUUUUUUUUAACACUAUUCUCUUCUAACUUCAUUGACUAUAAUAAACCAUUCCAUCAGAAAAAAUUAACAGAUCAAAUUGAUCGUCUUAAAGGGAUAGGUCACCAAAAAAUGAAUAUUUGUCAACCAUAUGCUUUUGAAGAUCUGCGACCCCUCUCACUGUACACACUGAAACCCAUCUGGCAUCCAGAUGCAUUCACUCCUCUGUAUAAGUUAAACACCAAGGGUUAAUCUUCACUCUUUCAGGAACACCCUGCUCCAUCCUUUGAUUCCAGCUUGGAGAUGAAACAUCAAAAUGUGCAAGGAGUCAUGUAUUUCACCCCUCUUCCAUCUGCCAGAUCUUGUUCAAUCUCUAGUCGUCAUCGAUUGGGGUCGUCAAAAUGAAUAAUUGGUAUUUCAAUAAGAAGACAAUGCUAGUUUGAAAAAUGAACAUUCGCUUUGGUAUAAAGUUUGUUUUUGUUACACCCCCACCUUUGGCCAUAGAUCGAAUAUAUUUUGUAUCUUUAGUCUAAAAUGUGUCAUGAGGAAUCAAAAUUUCCUUGAUCUUUUGAGAUAUGAAUUUAAUGCACUGAACUAUGAAAACAAACUUCACCUUUCUGAACUCAAAACUUCCUCCCAGUUCAA